CAAUCAGAGGGCUUCUGCGCAAAAAGGUCGUUUUUUUCUCCUGCUGGUUCUAGAAAACCAACCACGAGUUGCCGUCGUGUGGGAGAAUCCAUCUUGAAGAGAGCUCUCCGGUUGUGUGAUUAGUAUAAUUGUGCAAAAUGUCUGAGUCAGAGCAACAGUACAUGGAAACAUCGGAAAACGGCCACGAAGUCGACGAUGAUUUUAACGGAGCCGGCCUCACUGAGGAGGGGAACGACGACGACGACGGCGCCGCCGCGAAUGACUGCGGAGAGGACGCAGGGCCCGAGGACGACGACAAUUCGCAAAACGGCGGCACGGAGGGAGGCCAGAUCGACGCCAGCAAGGGCGAGGAGGAUGCCGGGAAAAUGUUUGUUGGCGGUCUCAGCUGGGACACAAGCAAGAAGGAUCUUAAAGACUACUUCUCUAAAUUUGGCGAAGUGACAGACUGCACCAUCAAGAUGGACCAGCAGACAGGCCGGUCAAGAGGCUUUGGUUUCAUUCUGUUUAAAGACGCAGCCAGCGUAGAAAAGGUUCUUGAACAGAAGGAGCACAGGCUAGAUGGGAGACAGAUUGACCCCAAGAAAGCCAUGGCCAUGAAGAAGGAUCCAGUAAAGAAAAUCUUUGUGGGCGGACUCAACCCUGAUACUUCAAAGGAGGUCAUUGAGGAGUACUUUGGGACCUUUGGAGAGAUUGACACCAUAGAGCUUCCGCAGGACCCAAAGACAGAGAAGAGGAGGGGAUUCGUAUUCAUCACGUACAAAGAAGAGGCUUCGGUGAAGAAAGUCAUGGAGAAGAAGUACCACAAUGUCGGUGGUAGCAAGUGUGAAAUUAAAAUCGCGCAGCCCAAAGAGGUCUACCUGCAGCAGCAGUACGGUGCCCGUGGAUACGGUGGACGUGGGCGAGGACGUGGAGGCCAGGGCCAGAACUGGAAUCAAGGCUACAACAACUACUGGAACCAGGGAUACAACCAGGGCUAUGGUUAUGGACAGCAAGGCUACGGAUAUGGUGGCUAUGGUGGCUAUGACUACUCUGCUGGUUAUUACGGCUAUGGGGGUGGCUACGAUUACAACCAGGGCAAUACAAGCUAUGGGAAAACUCCAAGACGUGGAGGGCACCAGAGUAGCUACAAGCCAUACUGAUCACACAUAGUGCAGGUCUAAAGUAAAUAAGAAAAAGAGAUCCAUGGUCUGACUACAGCGAACAUGGGCUCUGGCUUUUCCUUUGGAGUUGGCAGAAAAUUUGGACUCAUGCUCCAUUUGUACAGAUCAAGUGAGGAACUGGGGAAGCAAAUGUCACUUUUCCACUUUUUAUUUUAUAUUGUUUUUUUGUUUUUGUUUUUUUGUGUCCAUUUACAUUUCCAGUGAUGGAAGUGUUAUUUUUACUGUACUUUUUGGUACCUUUUUGAAUCUAAUGUAUUGUAUGGUUGUAUUUUUACAUGUCUACUGGAUUUACAGAUGAGCAAGAGCUUUUAAAGCUCGCGAAUAAAACAAAUUUUUUUUUUUUUUGGUUUCUUCAUUUUGUUUUGGUGUUUAUAGAUUUUGUUGUUCUCCCAUGCUGAGUGUUGGAUGUGAGUUGCAUGGCUUCAGAUGUGGGGUGAGGUUAAAAAAAAAAGGAAAAAGGGAUUUAUACUAAUCAAAGGGUUCUUUGUAAGAGUGUCAAAUAAAUAUUUGCAGAAGGCCUUGUAGACAAAGACAACCAGCAAUUAUUUGGUUUUGUUUUGGUUUUUUUUGUUGUUGUUGUUUUUGUUAUUUUGGCUUUUAAGGAGAUUCUUCCCCCAUCAUGUCUGCAAUUUUUAAGUGGCUUUACUAGUGUUAUUCAACUGAACGCAAGCCUGUUAAAUGUAAGAGGGUAUUCCCUCUCUCACUGGAAAUUCAUUCCUCUAGUGUCUUUGGCAAAUUGGUAGAAAUAAACUUUUGGUUUAUAUUACA